AUGGCGGAUACAUCUUCUAGCACCAUCUCUCCGCAGCCAUCUGGGAAGGAGGCUGCCCUCCAGAAGACAGCUCCAGACACUUCCCGGCCUCGGGAUGAGAUCGCCGAUUGGAAAUGGAAAGGAAGUCUAGGCGUUGUCAUGCUAACAACGGUCAUCAAUGGAUAUGAUGUGAGCAACGUGGCGAACAUCCAGCCGCGACUAUACGAGGCAUUCGGUAACAUUGAGCUCCUCCCAUGGAUCGGCCUGUCGUUCAGUUUAGCCGUCUUUGCCUUACUAUCGUUUUCUCGGAAGAUCCUCUACUGCUUCGACAUGCAAUGGAUCUAUAUCAUCAGUAUCGUUGUCUUCAUGGCCGGGGCUGCGGUCGCGGGAGCGGCCCAUAAUCUCUCCUCUGUCAUUGUUGGGCGGACCAUCAUGGGUGUCGGCGGUUCCGUCAUCUAUCAGUCCAAUCUGACCUUCGUCGCCGUCUUCGCCACUCCGGCUGAGACACCUCGUCUUUUUGGCCUCCUGGGUGCACUAUGGGCUGCAGGCCUGGUCAUCGGCGGCCCGAUCGGGUCAGCCCUGGCCACCAACAGCAGCACGACCUGGCGAUGGGCGUUUUAUAUGAACCUGCCAUGGGCUGGCCUUGGUCUAGUUAUGGCCUUUAUCUGUAUGCCUAGCAAAUACCUAGGACCAGACAUACCCGUAUGGUCUCGCCUCACGAGAAUCGACCCUAUUGGCAUUAGCAUGAACAUGGCGGCACCGGUACUGUUUGCCUUGGCCUUGGAGUUCUCCGGCCCCGUGUGGGCCUGGGGCUCUGCUGCAUCGAUCGCAGUGUGGGUAGUCUUCGGCGUCGUGAUGGUCGGGUGGAUCGUCCAACAAUACUGGUGCAUUGGCACCACUCCCGACGAACGUGCCAUUCCCGUCCACUUGCUAAGUCGCCUGGAUUUACUGCCGCUGUGGAUCGCAUCCGGAUGCGCAGGGGCAUCAUACGCCGUGACGCUGUACUACACUCCGCUCUUCUUUGCCUUCGCUCGCGGCCACAGUGCUUUACAACAGACUGUCCGCCUGCUCCCUUUCGUCCUAGUCUUCAUCGCAGUAGUCAUGCUCGUUGGCGCGCUCCUGCCGGUCUUCGGCCGCUACAACAUCAUCUACAUCAUCGCCGGCACAGUCACCAUCGCCGGAGGCGCAGCAAUGGCCGCAACACUCAGCCCCAAUGUUCCAGAAUCGCAGGUGCUAGGUCUAGAAGCUCUUAUCGGAGUCGGACUCGGAUGUUCAUACCAACACGGCGUUGGUGUCUCUAAUGUCAUCAAUAAAAACCUGCGCGAUAAGGUAGACAGUGUUGUCCUGUUCAACCUGUCGCAGAUGGGCGGUAUUACGAUUAUUCUUUCUGUAGCGGGGUCGAUCUUCCAGAAUGUGGGAUUCAAUCUCUUGACAGAUGCCGUUGGGAGUAAUGGGUACUCCGAAGAGGAUCUGCGAGAGGCUUUGGCUGGUGUGUCGUCCGCUGUGUGGGAAUCUGGGGAUCCAGAGGUGCUCGCGCGUGGGGUUGAGGCUGUGGCGAAUGUGCUUGCUCGGGAGUUCUAUCUCGUUGUUGCUGGUGGAGCGCUUUGCUUGGUGUGUGGGUUGGCGAUGAGGUGGGAGAAGUUGGAUUAUGGGAAGGGCAAGGAAAAGGGAAAAGGCACGGGGUCUGAGGCUUGA